UUGUUCUUGAACCACAUGGAAGGAAGUGUGCCUGGAUCUCAAGGGCAUGAGUUGGGCAAUGAUGGCAGAAUUGAAGGUAAAUCAUCAAACUGGGAAGAUGAUAGUUGGGGAGCAUGGGAAGAAACAGAAUCCCAAGAACCUGAAGAAGAAGGAAAUACUUCUAAAACACAAAAAAAUUCCUGGCUUCAAGAGUGUGUUUUAUCCUUAUCUCCAACCAGUGAUCUUAUGGUGAUAGCCCGGGAACAAAAGGCUGCAUUUUUAGUGCCAAAAUGGAAGCAUGGUGAUAAAGGGAAGGAAGAGAUGCAGUUUGCUGUUGGCUGGAGUGGCUCCUUGAGUGUGGAAGAAGGGGAGUAUGUGACCAGUGCCCUUUGCAUCCCGCUGGCAAGCCAGAAGAGGAGUUCCACUGGACGUCCCGACUGGACUUGCAUUGUGGUGGGGUUUACGUCUGGUUACGUGCGGUUCUACACUGAGAGCGGUGUGCUUUUGCUUGCACAACUUUUGAACGAGGACAAAGUGCUUCAGCUUAAGUGCAGGACCUAUGAAAUCCCCCGACACCCUGGAGUGACUGAGCAGAAUGAAGAACUGAGCAUCCUGUACCCGGCUGCCAUUGUGACUAUUGACGGGUUCAGUCUCUUUCAGUCUCUCCGUGCCUGUCGAAACCAGGUAGCAAAAGCUGCAGCAUCAGGCAAUGAGAACAUACAACCACCACCGUUAGCUUACAAGAAAUGGGGUCUACAAGACAUUGACACUAUUGUCGAUCAUGCUAGUAUUGGUAUUAUGACUCUGUCACCUUUUGAUCAAAUGAAGACUGCUUCUGUCAUCGGUGGAAUUAAUGCAGCAAUUAAAAACAGUCCACCGGCCAUGUCUCAGUACAUCACUGUGGGGUCCAGCCCAUUCACCGGCUUCUUCUAUGCUCUAGAGGGAAGCACUCAGCCGCUGUUAUCCCAUGUCGCACUUGCAGUUGCAAGUAAACUGACUUCGGCUCUCUUUAGUGCUGCCAGUGGUUGGCUUGGUUGGAAAAGCAAGCACGAAGAAGAGACCAUCCAGAAGCAGAAGCCCAAAAUGGAGCCAGCCACUCCCUUAGCUGUGAGAUUUGGACUUCCAGAUUCUAGACGGCAUGGAGAAAGUAUAUGCCUAUCUCCUUGUAACACCCUGGCCGCAGUCACAGACGAUUUUGGCAGAGUUAUCUUGUUGGACGUCUCUCGAGGGAUUGCAAUACGGAUGUGGAAAGGGUACCGAGAUGCACAGAUCGGAUGGAUUCAAAUCGUAGAGGACCUCCAUGAACGAGUACCAGAAAAGGGGGAUUUGUCCCCCUUUGGAAAUACUCAAGGUCCCAGUCGAGUAGCUCAGUUCCUCGUGAUCUAUGCACCUCGAAGGGGAAUUUUGGAAGUGUGGAACACACAGCAAGGACCGAGAGUGGGAGCUUUCAACGUGGGUAAGCACUGCAGGCUGCUGUAUCCUGGCUACAAAAUAAUGGGCUUAAACAAUGUGACAAGUCAGAGUUGGCAGCCUCAGACUUACCAGAUCUGUCUUGUUGACCCGGUGUCUGCAAGUGUGAAAACGGUGAAUGUGCCUUUCCACUUAGCACUGAGUGAUAAGAAGAGUGAAAGAGCCAAGGACCUGCACUUGGUGAAGAAACUGGCAGCCCUGCUGAAAACCAAGUCACCCGGGCUUGACUCAUUUGAAACGGAAAUAAAGGAGUUGAUCCUUGAUAUUAAGUACCCUGCAACCAAGAGACAAGCUCUGGAAAGCAUUUUGGCCAGUGAACGCUUAUCAUUUUCCUGCCUUAGAAAUGUGACUCAGACUUUAAUGGACACCUUGAAAAACCAAGAGUUGGAGUCUGUCGAUGAAGGACUGCUGCAGCUUUGUGCCAGUAAACUGAAGUUACUACAUCUUUAUGAAUCUGUCAGUCAGUUAAAUUCUCUUGAUUUUCAGUCAGACACACCAUUCUCCGAUAAUGACUUGGCUGUGUUGCUGAGGCUGGACGAUAAGGAACUCACAAAGCUCCGGGCCUUAUUAGAGAAGUACAAACAAGAAAAUACCAAGACCUCUGUCCGGUUUUCUGAGGAUACAGACGGAGUGCUGCCUGUCAAAACCUUCCUGGAAUAUCUAGAGUAUGAGAAGGAUGUGCUCAGCAUAAAGAAGAUGAGUGAAGAGGAGUGUGUGGCUCUAGGCAGUUUCUUUUUUUGGAAGUGUUUGCAUGGAGAAAGCUCCACUGAGGAUAUGUGUCACACUCUCGAGUCUGCCGGACUUAGCCCUCAGCAGUUACUGUCUCUGCUCCUAAGUGUUUGGCUUUCGAAGGAAAAAGAUAUUUUGGACAAACCACAGUCUGUCUGCUGUCUUCAUACCAUGCUGUCCCUGUUGAGCAAGAUGAAAGUGGCCAUUGAUGAGACAUGGGAUUCUCAGUCCGUGUCCCCUUGGUGGCAGCAGAUGCGCAUGGCCUGUAUUCAGUCGGAGAACAAUGGAGCUGCCCUGCUGUCUGCUCAUGUUGGGCACUCUGUUGCUGCACAGAUGUCCAACAGUGUGGCAGAUAAGAAAUUUUCCCAGACGGUUUUGGGUGCUGAUGCAGAAGCCCUCACAGACUCCUGGGAAGCCCUUUCUCUUGACACCGAGUACUGGAAGCUCCUGCUGAAACAGCUAGAGGACUGCCUCAUCCUGCAGACCCUGCUUCACAGCAGGGCCAAUACCCCAGCUUCCAGGGUGUCAUCUCCACAGUCAGAGCCACUUCCAAGGCUUUCUGUUAAAAAACUGCUAGAAGGAGGAAAAGGUGGUGUUGCAGACAGUGUAGCCAAGUGGAUAUUUAAACAGGACCUCAACCCUGAAUUGUUGAAAUGUGCCAACCAAGAAAGAGAUGCAGAAAACCCAGAUGAACCCAAAGAAGGUAUUGCCCGAAGGUUCCUUGAGGUGCCAGAGGUGCAGAUAGACCUAGGAGCCAUACCAGACUUGCUGCGUUUAGCCUAUGAACAGUUCCCUUGUAGCCUUGAGCUUGACCUGCUGCAUGCACACUGCUGCUGGGAGUAUGUCGUCCAGUGGAAUAAAGACCCAGAGGAAGCACGCUUUUUGGUUAGGUCCAUAGAACACCUGAAGCACAUUCUUAACGCACAUAUUCAAAAUGGUAUCGCAUUGAUGAUGUGGAACACGUUCUUGGUUAAAAGAUUUUCUGCUGCUACCUACUUGAUGGAUAAGGUUGGAAAAUCUCCAAAAGAUAGGUUAUGCCGAAGGGAUGUGGGGAUGAGUGACACAGCGAUGACAUCCUUCCUGGGGUCCUGCCUGGAUCUUCUUCAGACUUCACUGGAGGCUGACAUUAGCAGGGAUGAGAUGCAGAUGCCAGUCCUGGACACUGAGGAUGCCUGGCUGUCCGUGGAAGGCCCCAUCUCCAUAGUGGAGCUGGCUCUUGAGCAGAAGCCUAUCCACUACCCCCUGGUGGAGCACCACUCGGUGCUGUGCUCCAUCCUGUAUGCAGCCAUGCGCUUCUCUCUCAGGAGCGUGAAGCCACUUGCCCUUUUUGACAGCAAGGGAAAGAAUGCAUUUUUCAAAGACUUAACUUCAAUUCAGUUAUUACCUAGUGGUGAAAUGGAUCCAAAUUUUAUUUCUAUAAGACAACAGUUCUUAAUGAAAGUUGUCAGUGCAGCCGUCCAGGCUCAGCAUUCUGUCACCAAGGACAAAGAUCCCACAGAAGCGGCAGUACCCACUCCCCGGAGAGACCACAACUGGCCAGCUCUGGCUGUGGAUUUAGCCCAUCACCUUCAAGUGAGCGAAGAUGUCAUUCGAAGGCAUUAUGUGGGAGAGCUGUACAACUAUGGGGCUGACCUCUUAGGAGAGGAGGCCAUUCUGCAAGUUCACGACAAAGAAGUUCUGGCGUCUCAGCUGCUUGUGUUGACAGGGCAAAGGCUAGCUCAUGCACUUUUCCACACUCAGACAAAAGAAGGCAUGGAGCUGCUGGCCAGACUCCCACCCACACUGUGCACCUGGCUGAAGGCAAUGAACCCCCAGGACCUUCAGAACACUGACGUGCCCAUUGCAGCAACAGCUAAACUGGUACAUAAAGUGAUGGAGCUCCUGCCAGAGAGGCAUGGGCAGUACAGCCUCGCUUUACACCUCAUCGAAGCUGUGGAAGCCAUGGCUACUCUAUGACAGUGUCUAAAAUCUCACUGCAUGUCAUUUUACACAGUAAGACCUAGAACUUUUUGGAGGGUUUUUUUUUUUUUUUGUAUAAUAAAUAAAUAUAUUACUUUUAAAAAGUGCAAUCCUGGUUAAAUUCCACUUCCUCAGUUGAGACUAAAGAUAAAAUACAUUAACUGUGCUAUAAUUAAUAGAUGCUUUACUGUUAUUUUUUCCAUUCAGACAAGCAGCUUUAUUGUUAAACUUUGGUGUUGUAACUGGUUAUACUUUGCAGAUUUCUUCCUUAUUGUAGUAUUCUAGUUCCUACCCCAGUGGCUCCUGUGGGGAUUAAGUGUGUUCAUACAGCUUCCAUCAGCACGCUGGAGAUACAGCCCACAUCCCUUUACAACAUUCAGAGAUGUCCUUAUACUUGGCCCAGCAACAGGAUGCCACCUGGCAGGGAGCUCUGGGUGCUGCUGCUGCCAUCAGAGGAUAAAUGGCUUUACUCUCACCAGAAGGGAUCUGGAGAAGGACCCCGGGCCUGCUGGACUCGCCAGAAUUGGGAAUCAGAGAUGUGAAGAAUGCAGCAAAAUCAAUUAUAAUGUGAAGUGAGAUUUAUUCUUUAUUUUGCCAAGUUCCAAAAUUGUAUCCACAUCAGGUAAUUGUAAAAAAUGUAUUAUCUUGUAAUACUUAUGUAAAAAAAAAAGAACAAAGCAAAGAUUCUAAAAUAUUUAAAGUCCAACUUUAUUUAUCUUCCAAGUGUUCAAAAUGUCUGUUUCUGGGAUGUGGUCAUGUUGCCUGUCCUAAGAGCAGGACAGAGAACACACUUUGUGCUGUGACAGCCUCAGCAAACCUACCUCACAGCUGGGUGGAGAGAACAAACUGCAACCAGUUCUGCAGCCCGUAGUGCCUAGGGCAGUCCAAGUGCUGAGCAAAGUGAAUGAAACCCAUUGGCCCCCAGUCUGGCCACAGUGCUUUGGCCCUGCAGCCACCAAGUACUCGCUGCUGGUUAGCUAUCUCUGGACGGCAGCCGUACAGUGCAGGGAUUGGGUCUGCCACAAUCACAGUUGUUCCCAGCAAUCAUUCUAAUAGAGGGAAGACAGCAACUCCACCAUUCACUGGGGGUCCCUGAAGGACUCUCACAAAGUCUGAACCUGAGCGAGCACGAGCAUAUGUGAAUUCUCUUCCAAUAAAAAGUUAAAUCUAAGGAAGAUUGUGACUCACUAAACCUAAUGCUGUUAACUAUCAGAUUUCAUGCCUUCAAAGAGAAAUGUUUCAAGUGUUGCUCAGGUGACUGUGAGGAGCAGCUGGCCAUGUGCUGCGAUCUUUGUAAGCACAGCUUGAGUGACAUAAGUACCACCCUCUACAUGGUCCUAUGAGGUCCAUUCUCCCAAUGCCUGCUGGGCUCUGGAAGAAGUAGGCACAGCUAAUGAUGACAAUGGACUUUUUACUCUAAUUCCAUUACUUGUUUUGAGAUGGGCAUGGCUUGUAUUUUUUGAAAAUAAAACUGGCUAAAUUUACUCUGGUAUGUCACAAAGAACCACAACACAAAUUGUUAAAUCUCAAAGUUAGAUUUGUCAUCCAAAAAUGUAAUAUACAAACUAAAUUCUGAGUUUAACAAAAGGAGUAAAAUAUUGUACUACUUUACUAAGGGCUUUUAAAAUAAAUCUGAUGAAGAAAAAUGAACAUUUAUAUAUCAAUUCUCUCACAACAAAGUGCCACAAACAAAGGAGUUUGGCUCUCACGUAGGGCUGGUCUCCCUGCAACAAGGGCACAGCAUACGCCCUUGACCAGUAGUGUUGCUCUAGAUAGCCCCCAUCUCUUCCUCAGAUAUUUUUACCUCCUUAAGGAAAGUAUUCAAUAGUCUGAGCGUCUCUAUCCCAGGCUGUGCUUAGAAGUAGAAGUGGAGGGGCCCGGCUAAAUGCAGCGACAGCAUGACAUAGCACCAGGCUUCCCACUUCAGCAAAAAAACAGAAAAGAGCUUCACCUCGUUAAAAAAGGUCAUCUAAGGUCAAUGUGAAGCCUGCUGUGUUUAAAUAGCUUUUUAAAAUAGGAUUACUUGUGAUUUAAAGUCAUGGAAAACUAAGACUUAGUAACAAUAAGCUUACAUUGAUUAUAGCAUUCACUUAGAAGUUGCUAUUGUCCAUUUCGUGAAGAAACACGUAUUAACAGUGCACUAUAGCAACAGUGAAAGCCCUCUCACCUCUCAGGGAUGGGUUUGCUAGGCAGCUUUUUCUGCUUAGUAGAUUAGCCAUCCUUAGAGAUCAAUCCAGUAUUGGAUUGCUUGCAAUCUGUCAAUGCUACUGUCAAUGUAAUGUUAAGCAGUGAAUUCUGUAUAUACCGUUAUUUUCCAUGUCUGUUCAUUAUUGUGAACUUAUGUAUAUUAGUGAAAUAAAUUUUCAGAUUUCAUGUUA